AGCUCUGCUACACUUCAGUACCACUUGAUCUUCUGAGAAGUGAGAACCUUCCACCAUGAGAGCUCUUGUUGUCGUCCUGCUGUUGUCCACAUUGAUGAUCUCAAUACAAGCCUUGCCGGUCCAUGGAGGAGGGCGAUGCCUCUGUACUGGUACACUCCGCCGCCGAGUGCAGAGCAGGAACAUCCUGAACCGCAGGGUCUUCCAGCCCAGCCUGUGGUGCGACCACAGCGAGAUAGUACUGCAGUUGAUCAAACCAACCAUCAAAGUGUGCCUGAACCCAAAUUCUGACCAGGGAAAAGAAUUCUUGAAGAAGUGGUCAGCGGGAUGGUAUUAAGAAGAUGUGUGAAAG